AUGGGUCCAAUUAGUCCUGGGAGUCCACCUGUGCCUGGUGGUCCUGCUGCUCCUUGGGGACCAAAUGUUCCUGGUGGCCCACUGAUGCCUUUUGGUCCACCUGUCCCUGGAGGGCCACUACUUCCGGGACCACUAGUGCCUGGGGGGCCAUCGCGGCCAACAGGUCCUGAUGUACCUGGUUGCCCCUCUGACCCAGGUGGCCCCGCUGUCCCUGGGGGUCCUCCCGUUCCUGAUGAUCCUUGCGUGCCAGGAGGCCCUCCUGUACCUGAAGGCCCUUCAGUUCCUGGAGGUCCAUUCGAUCCUGGUGGACCUCCUGUCCCUGGUGGUCCUUCAGUUCCGGGGGGUCCAUUGUUUCCUAGUGGCCCACUGGUCCCAGGUGGUGCUCCAGUUCCUGGUGGCCCACUACUUCCUGGUGGUCCCAUGGUUCCUGGUAGUCCAACUGUUGCUGGAGGGCCACCAGAUCCCGGAGGACCACUGGAUGCAGGAGGACCGCCUGUUCCUGGUGGACCAUUUGUUCCAGGAGGACCUUCUGUGCUAGGAGGCCCGCCUGAGCCUGGUGGACCAGAAGUGCUAGGUGGACCCCCAGUCCCUGGACCACCCCCAGUUCCCGGGGGUCCACUGGUUCCCGGUGGUCCGUUCGUCCCUGGUGGACCCGCAGGAGCUACAAUUGUUUUUUUGCGUGUAUUGAGUAAAAGGAAAUAA